AUGUGUAUCGAUGGAUAUGGAGAUGAGAGAUCCAAGGAAACCCUAGAUCCUCUGGUUUUCGCUUUCGCCGCUUUAUUCCCGAAAUCUUCUCCUGUUAUGAUUUUUUUUGUGCGUUCAGUAGGACAUAUAAAAAGUAAUGGAGGAGGAAGUAGAUAUCAUAAAAUCGAGGAAGAAGCCUCUUAUGUUCCUAUUGAGGCUGAAGUAGAACAACCUAUUCAGGGUGAUAUGGGAAGAAAACAGGAGCAGUUAACUGGUACUACCAAACCAGAAGAAGCAGAGGGGUGGGUAAGAAGAAUGGAAUCGAUAUUUGCAGUGAUGGGUGCAGCAAAAGACCAGAAGGUAAACUUAGCUACAUUUAUGUUCAAAAAUGAAGCUAGUUAUUGGUGGGACACAAUAAAACAUUUGUUGCUCACUCCAGGAGAGAAAGAGGUGAUAUUAUGGAAUCCAUUUGUUAAAGCUUUUUAUGAGAAAUAUUUCCCUCCAAUUUACAAAAAAGAGAAGGAACGAGAGUUUAUACUCCUAAAACAAGAUAGAAUGUUUGUAAUUGAUUAUGAAGUUAAGUUUACUGCUUUAUCGAGGUUUGCACCCAAGUUUGUACAGAAUGAAAAAGAUAAAUGUACAAAAUUUCAGGAUGGUUUAGAAGGGGCUAUUAAGUCUAGAGUUUCAGUGUUUGAAGAAACAGAUUACAAUAGACUUGUGAACAAAGCCAUGAUUGCUGAAAAGGAUGUGAAAGAAUUACAAGAAAGAAGGGAACAAUAUAAAAGAAAUAGAUCUGAGCCAUCACAAUCAAGAGGAGGUGAAGGAAUUUCAAGUUAG